AUGCCUGGAGCACACGUGGAGAACCAUAGCCACCGGAUACCUGCAGACCGAGGACCGACCAAGGACGCUUGGGACGACGACAGCAAGGACUGCAUCACUAGCCUGAGCCUCUCGAGGAUGCUCCCGACGGGGGCGAAGCCCAGAUCAUUUAUCAGAGGUCGCUCGUAUGGAGAUGUGGAACAAUGCAGUGAAAAGAAAACACAAGCAGCAAGGACUUCAAACGGACAGACUGCUCAUUAA